AUGGCCUUCUCGUCCUUCCGCGCAUUGAACGUGGGGUCAUUCAGUAAUGGAUCAAUCAUCACCAACGCUUUACUUAGCUUUGUAAACACAUCUGUUCCUGAUAACACUCAGAUUGCGAACACUUUGAUCCAGGCAGCUUCAAACAUCACCGGCUUUGACAUUGAAAUCAGCUCCAUCAGCGUGAAUGGCAUAUCUUCAAGUGGAGUAAGCCACAAGAUCAGCCUCGUCACCGCAUCCUGCCUGUCACACAUCAAAUCCGUCACAAAAACCACCUUCUACCACCUCAAAAACAUUUCCCGACUCCGGCCAUCGCUCUCAGACUCUGUGGCAGAGACCUUUAUCCAUGCCUUCAUCACCUCCAGUCUGGACUACUGCAAUGGAGUCCUGUCCGGGGGUAUCCAGCAAAGCCCUGGACAGCAACACCAAUGUCAACAACAACAACAACACCAACAACAACAACAACUGCAACAGCACCACCAACAACAACAACAACACCAUCAACAACACAAACAACAGCAGCAGCAACAACAACAGCUACACCACCACCACCACCACCAACAACAACAACAACAUCAACAACACCAACAACAACAGCACCAACAACAACAACAACAACAACACCACCAUCAUCAACAACAACAACACCAGCAACAACAACAACGUCAACAACAACAACAACAACACCAUCAACAACAACAGCACCAACAACACCACCAUCAACAACAACAGCAACAACAACACCUACAACAUCAACAGCACCAACAACAACAACAACAACACCACCACCAUCAACAACAACAGCAACAACAACACCACCUACAACAUCAACAGCACCACCUCCAACAACAACAACAACAGCAACAACAACAACACCAACGUCAACAACACCACCAACAACAACUCCAACAAAACACCAUCAUCAACAACAACACCACCAACGUCAACAACAACACCAUCGACAACAACAGCACCACCACCACCAACAACAACAGCAACAACAACAACAACACCACCAUCAACAACAACAGCAACAACAACAACAGCACCACCAACAACAACAACAACAACACCAUCAACAACACAAACAACAGCAGCAACAGCAACAACAACAGCUACACCACCACCAACAACAACAACAACAUCAACAACAACAGCACCACCACCAACAACAACAACAACACCAUCAUCAACAACACCAGCAACAACAACAUCAACAACAACACCACCACCACCACCAACACCAACAACAACAACAACAACACCAUCAACAACAACAGCACCAACAACAACACCAACAACAACAACAGCAACAACAACACCUACAACAUCAACAGCACCAACAACAACACCAACAACACCACCAUCAACAACAACAGCAACAACAACACCACCUACAACAUCAACAGCACCACCUCCAACACCACCAUCAACAACAACAGCAACAACAACAACAACAGCACCACCAACAACAACAACAACAACAACACCAUCAACAACACAAACAACAGCAGCAACAGCAACAACAACAGCUACACCACCACCACCAACAACAACAACAACAUCAACAACACCAACAACAACAGCACCAACAACAACUGUAAUGAGAUAUACAGACCUAAUCCAGGUUUUUCCAGAUGCAGAGUGACUGGUUUCAGCUCCACCUACAACUACAGCACCUCCAACAAUCGUAACCACGACUGCUUCAACUACAACUGCAGCACCUACAACAACCGUAACUACGACUGCUUCAACUACAACUGCAGCACCUACAACAACCGUAACCACGACUGCUUCAACUACAACUGCAGCACCUACAACAGCUGUGCCUCUUUUACAAAUCGAGCUUCAAUGAUAGAGAGACAGCUUGAACCUCCUUUCAGAAGGGAAUUCUCAUCCUUCUCCGCCCUGAACGUGGUGGCAUUCAGGAAUGGAUCAAUCAUCACCACCAUUAUAGCUAGCUUUGUGAGCACAUCUGUUCCUAAUAACACUCAGAUUGCGAACACUUUGAUCCAGGCAGCUUCAAACAUCACCGGCUUUGACGUUGAAAUCAGCUCCAUCAGCGUGAAUGGCAUAUCUUCAAGUGGAGUAAGCCACAAGAUCAGCCUCGUCACCGCAUCCUGCCUGCAAUACCAACAACAACACCAACAACAGCAACAACAGCAACAACAACAACAGCAACAACAACACCACCACCAACAACAACAACAUCAGCAGCAACAACAACACCAACAAACCAAUAACAUCAACAACACCAACAACAACACCAACACCAACACCAACAACACCAUCAUCAACAACAACAACAACAACAACACCAGCAGCAACAACAACAACAACACCAACACCAACCACAACAACAACAACAUCAAUAGCACCAACAAUAACAACAACACCAACAACAACCAACAACGCAAUCAACAACAACACACCACCACCACCAACACCAAUAACAACGCCAUCAACAACAGCACCAACAACAACACCAACAACAACAACAGCACCACCACCAACAACAACAACACAAUCAACAACAACAGUACCACCACCAACAACAACAACAACAACAGCAACAACACCAACAACAACAACAGCAACAACACCAUCAACAACAACACCAUCAUCAACAACAACAGCAACACCACCAACAACAACAACAACACCAUCAUCAACAACAACAGCAACACCACCAACAACAACAACAACACCAACAGCACCACCACCAACAACAACAACAACAAUAACAACACCAUCAACAUCAACAGCACCACCAACAACAACACCAACAACAACAACACCAUCAUCAACAACAAUAACAACACCAUCACCAACAACAGCACCAACAACAACAACAGCAACAACAACAACAACAGCAACAACAACAGCAACAACAACACAGCCACCACCAACAUCAACAACAACAACAACAACAACAGCAACAGCAACACAGCCACCACCAACAACACCAACAACAACAACACAACCACCAACAACAUCAGCAACAAUACCAACAGCAACAACAGCAACAACAACAACAGCAACAACAACACCACCACCAACAACAACAACAUCAGCAGCAACAACAACACCAACACCAAUAACAUCAACAACACCAACACCAACAACAACAAUACCAAUAACAUCAACAACACCAACAACAACACCAACACCAACAACAACAUCAACAACAACAACACCAACAUCAAUAGCAUCAACAACAGCAACACCAACAGAUUUGGCUCCACCUACAACUACAGCACCUCCAACAAUCGUAACCACGACUGCUUCAACUACAACUGCAGCACCUACAACAACCGUAACUACGACUGCUUCAACUACAACUGCAGCACCUACAACAGCUGUGCCUGUGACUUUCAGAUCUGUUCGAGACACAUUUACAAUUGA